GCCUCUCUCCCAGACUACAUGCAGUUUGAUAUUAAAAUGUUUUCAGUACUAACAACCAUUGUGUUGCUAUACAUUUGACAUGAUAGAGGUAUACUGAGCUGUUUUGACGAAUUAUUACAGGACAUCGAUAACCCGGAUCGACGGCAUUCGCGGUGAACAUCAGUGCAGCUGUUAUUUUUAAGGUUGUAUCAAAAAAAGUGCCAAGUGCCAGGCAGAACAAGCUAGCUAACGGUUUGCCAGGUCGGACGGCGACGAGGCCCCAACCGGACGGGAACACGGGGGAACCAUGGCCAACAUCGCAGUUCAGAGGAUAAAACGGGAAUUCAAGGAGGUUCUCAAAAGCGAAGAGACGAGCAAAAACCAGAUAAAGGUGGAGCUGGUGGAUGAGAACUUCACAGAACUUAAAGGGGAGAUAGCAGGGCCACCUGACACACCAUAUGAAGGGGGUAGAUAUCAACUAGAAAUUAAAAUUCCAGAGACAUAUCCAUUUAAUCCACCCAAGGUGCGGUUUAUCACAAAGAUCUGGCAUCCUAACAUCAGCUCAGUCACAGGUGCAAUAUGUCUGGACAUUCUCAAAGACCAGUGGGCAGCAGCUAUGACGCUGAGGACAGUCCUCCUGUCACUACAAGCCUUAAUGGCAGCUGCAGAACCAGAUGAUCCACAAGAUGCAGUGGUAGCCAAUCAGUAUAAGCAGAAUCCAGAGAUGUUCAAACAGACAGCGAGGCUCUGGUCUCAUGUCUAUGCAGGCGCUCCCGUGUCCAGUCCGGAGUACACACGCAAAAUAGACAAACUCUGUGCCAUGGGCUUCGAAAAAAAUGCAGUAAUAGUGGCAUUGUCUUCAAAAUCCUGGGAUGUGGAGACGGCGACAGAGUUACUGCUCAGUAACUGAAUCUGGAUUCCCUCUUCAUUUUCCGCUGUAUCUCUUGAUCUCCCCUCCUCACGCAUACAGAACCUCUUCGCUCCAAAUUCCUGCUGUUUCAAGGCGUCUCUCUCCCUCGUCACUCCCUCUGUUUCACAGUGGAUUCCUCACCUCCACUCCUCCCCUUUGUUCAUCCCCCUCUCAUUCCUGCUGUGUGGCAUCUUUCCCCCCCCAUGCCUCUUCUGUUCUCCACCUCUGCUGUAUCAAUCAGUCGCUCUGUGAGCUCUUAUCACUGGUUUCUUGAAGUUCAUACAACAUUCCACUCAGUGCUACAAUCACAUGUCCAAACUUAUCUCGCCUCUCCCCUUUUUUGGAACAAAUGUCAGACUUAAGACCCCACCCACACCUGCCGGUCUCCCAGCUUGUCUGGCUGUUUCCAAGAAGUGGCUGUCAGCGGCUUAUCCUUGCCUAUGCAGUGCAUUUACUUUCAUUUGUGAAAACCUUUGUAGGACAGAGUCAAGCCAUUCAAGGAUGCUCAGACUGGAACAGAUCUAGAUUUUGACACACCUUUGAGUCUGUUUUUCCAAACAAGGAUUUACUUGUCAUCGACAAAUCAUUCAGAGUUGUGGCUGCAAUCAUUACUAUGUUCUCUGUUUACUUAUUGCUACAUAAUAAUCAUUUAUUACCGCUAAGGUACGGAUUAGGAUAGUUUGGGGUAAAGUACUGCUGUAAAACGCUAUUGGGCGUUUGUGAAUCUUAUUUUGGUAUCACUGACAGCAAAAACUAGUGUACAUGUCAGAGGCACUCCAUUUUUUUUUUUAUUGAGGAUAUAUGUAAUGUUUACAUUUACAUUUCUGAUUCAAACUAGGAUGCAAUUCUGAGAAAGUUGAAGAAAAUGCAGACUUCAAAACAUAAGGAAAAACAGUAUUCUUUGUUUGGAAAUCAAACCUUUAAGUGUCACAGAGGUGUUCACACAGUAGCCAUACUCCAUGCUCAUGCCACGGUUUCUCUGUUCACACACCCAAAGCUCCUGCAGUAAACUCCUGUUCCCAUCCCCAUAUUUGUCCCCUACAUUGCUCAUUUCACUUGUCCCUUUCCAAACAGUUUUUAAAAGUUUUAUUUGGUUUUGGCCUCCAACAGGAAUACAUUUGGAUUCUUGUUUUUAAUCUGAGAGAAAAAAAAGCAUAGGAAAAAAAAACUCAGCCAAGCUCCGCAGUAACACAACCUGUCACAAGUCUGGAUGGAUAUAGUUUAAAACAAGUUUGAAAAAUAUUGCAUCAUGUUAACUACACCAACAGAUAAAGUAUCAGAAUGAUUCAUCUGUAAAUAAAGAUAUUAAAGUCUGUGUAAA